AUGCCGCAAAUGUCCGCAACGCCGCAUAAGACCACCUCCCAUCUCAUCUCUCUGGCUUCAACACCAAAUUCGUCAUCAUGUCCGCAGAGACCGUAUCUUCAGUAUCGCUAUCCCCGUACUCGUGCGUGGGAUGCCGCGAGGCAAAGAGGAAAUGUGAUCGCAUCCACCCGGAGUGUACGCUCUGUGCUCAGUAAGCACCUCCCUCAAACAAAUCGCAAUCCACAUCUCAUCGAGAAUUCUAGAAAAAACAUCCCAUGUUCGUAUCCUCAUCGUCGGAAACGAAGGGAAUUACGGAAACCGCCCGAUGUAUCGUCACCAACUUCCAGCAGCAAUGUAGCCAGUCCGGAGUCAUCUUUGGGCAGGCGGCCUGUGCCUGUGGUGUCUGCUGCAGCAGCUACCUUGUUGGCCGAACGCUUCAUGGACCCUGAGCUGUUUUCUCUUGCGCAGCUUGAACUUCCCACGCUGAAUCUAGAGUCUCUCGUCACGGAAGAAGUGGAAGGUUUGGUGGGCGACGUGCGAAAAAUUCAGGCCACAGGCCAAUUUUUCUUCGAGACAGUCCAUUCAUGGAUGCCUAUUGUUUGCAAAAUCGGCUUCUCGCAGUCUCUUCUCAAAAGAAUGACGCACCAGAGGGCAGAGUUCUUCCUGCUGGUACUGUCAAUGAAGUUGUGUAGUUCUCGUGUCACAGAGGCCAGAAGCCAUUUUUACCAACUCGUCAGACAGUAUUACGCUGACCUUGAAAGAUCGGGAGUCAUGUCUCUCUUGGUGCUUCAAGCAGGCGUUCUUAUUGCCCUGUAUGAAAUGGGCCAUGGCCUCUACCCUGACGCAUACCUCUCCGUUAGCGAAUGUGCUCGAUAUGGCGCUGCCCUGGGUGUCGAUAAAACCAUCGUGUCUAGAGGGGCGACGAACACCAAGUGGCCAGAUUUGGAAGAGGCUCGCCGAGUGUGGUGGUCAAUUUUGGUCCUCGAUAGGUGA